AUGCGCGUGUUCCACGUUUUCAGUGAGGGAGGGACAGUGGUGUGCUUGACGUUCAUGAGUGACUGGGUCGCUGGGUGCGCGGUGGCCGUGUCCUUCGUCAGGGACGAGCAGAGGAGGUGGGUGUGCGGGGAGAGGCACGUGGGUUCUGACCCACAGGGCCACAGGCUCGACUCCGCUCCUACAGCAUGGCCGCAAUGCUCACCCAGGCACUAUCGCUCCCCUCCCCAUGCCCUCUCCCUUUCAUCCCCCACUCCCCAGCUCCACGUCUGCUUCUCCUACACCAACGUCUGCCCCACGCAUUCCUGCCCCUUCGGUGGCGCCGUGGCGGUGCACUGCUGCUCACUCAUGCACUCUCCUUUCCUCUCCCCUUCUCACUCCACCUCCCCCAACCCUGUUGCCGUCUCCCCACCAGCACCGCACCUGCUUCGCCUGCACUGGUUCCUGGCCCAUUCAUUCCCGCCUCUGCAACAAGAGCGCAUUCUUGGCGCUUGCUUCGCCUACACCUUCUGGCCCACCGACUCGCGCCUCUAUGGUGUGUGUGUGAGGGCGCACGGAAGCACGGUAGAGGCUGCAGACUAUCGUGGCGGAGGUGCAUGA